UCAUUUCCUCUCGUCAAUCCCCUCCUUUCCAUUGUGUAUUACCAUUACGUCGUUUUAUAUCGUCAUGGCUCUUACCUCUCCAAAGAAAUUCUUUCACUGUCUCAAGGAUCUUCCAAACCUCUUCCACAAAGCUGUAGUUCAUGAAUCUCACUGCACGAAAGUAUUUGAAGGAGAUGGAAAGAGUAUAGGCUCGGCCGUACAUUUUACUUUUUCUUUAGAUGGAACAAAUGUUUCAACGACACAUGUAAAGAUUGAAAAUGUAGACGAAGAAAAACAUUUAAUCACACUCGGAUGCUAUGAUGGAGAUAUCAUGGAGCAUUACAAAGUCUUCAAGGUGCACUUUCAGGUCAUCCCAAAAGAUCACAAGAGCUCAGUGAAAUGUUCCAUAGAAUAUGAGAAAGUAAAUGAAAGUAUCCCUGAACCAACUGUUUACAUGGAAUUUGAUGAAAAGCUGAUUGAAGGAAUUGAUGGUCUUGCUUUGGAGUCCUAGAAAUUAGUUGUAGAUGGUGUUGUAUUAGUAAUUUAAUAAAGCAUAUAGUUAACCAUACAUGUAUGGAGUGCAUCUACUAGUUUAAGGUCUUUGUCAUGUAUCACCUUUGUUUCUUCCCUCUGUACCAUUUCUUAUUUACCCCAUAAUAAAUGUGUGUGCUAUGUUUGAUUUGGA